CACCCACCAACAACCAACUACGAGAAAACUUGGAAUUGUUUCCAAACACUCCGUUUUCUUGGUUGAUUGUUUCUUUUAUUCUUUUUUAAUUAAAACUUUAAUCAAUAAGUGUCUAAGCCCGUUUGCUUCUGCAAAAUUUCGCUUUUUCCUAGCGAAUUCAGAAUUUACCAAAGAAAGACAUUAUUAAGAUUUCCUUCUUUUUUCUUUUCAUUUGGGAUUUUUUUUUGAUAUAAAUCUCAAUUGAAAUCUUAUUUCUCACUUAUCUGCAUUUCAGUAGGUGCCACAUCAUAAUUCAGUUUCUGUAUCUUUUGUUCUCGCGCUUUUUAUUUUUCAUAAAUUUAUAAGAAAAAAACGAGUCAUGGUAAAGCGUCGUACGGCCGCAGUUCUUCCCAUCAAUCUUCCUCAUUUACAGCAUUUGGUGAAAAAGGACCCCAAAUCCUACCGCGACGAAUUUUUACAGCAAUGGAACCAUUAUGAGACAGUUAGAGAAAUUUUCCUUAUUCAACCAUCCAAUGAUGUUACUGAAUUCAGUUCCCUUGUUGACUUUAUUGCUCAAACAUGUAACCAUUAUACGGACAUUACUAAGGACUUUUCGAAAGAAUUAAUGGACUUACUUCAAAAAAAUCAUGACCAGUUUCCUUUUGAACUAUCUGAAAAAAUCGUACAGGCUCUUGUUUUACUAAAAAACAAAAGUGCUCUGUCGCCUAUCACACUUCUACAGUGCUUUUUCCCUCUCUUCAGCAGUAAUCCUUCUCGAGCCUUCCGUGAACUCCUAUAUGAGCAGGUUUCUCUUACAGUACGUAAUGCAAACAAGAAAGCCAAGAAUGAUAAGCUUAACAAAGCUGUUCAAGCUGCUUUAUUUACCUUAGUGGAAACUUCUGAUACGGCCUCUAUAACACAUACGGAUUAUUCUAACAAGAAGCAUGAAUAUUCCCCAAACGAGCUUUCCGGUAUGUGGGCUGUAAAAAUGGUCCAAGACUUAUGGAAGCGAAAUAUUUGGUCUGGUGAUGCUCGAGCGGUCAACAUUAUGAAGACUGCCGCUUUAUCAAACAACACCAAAGUUAUGCUUAGCGGUAUAUAUUUUUUCUUAGGUGCUGAUACCCAAGAAAAUGAAGAAGAAGAAGAAGAAGAAGACGAUGGUUUGGAUGUCUCCAAAUUAAUGCAUCAAUCGAAUAUUAAUAAGAAAACAAAAUCUCGUGAAGCUCAGAUACUCCGUAUUCGUGCUCUUGUGAAGAAAAAAGAAAGGGGGAAGAUGGCACCCCCUGCAAAUGUUAACUUUCCUGCUCUUCAACUUUUAUAUGAUCCUCAAGGAUUUGCAGAAGAACUUUUUGAAAAGCAAUUAGUGAAUUCAAAUCGUUCUCUCUCUAUGGAUCAUAAACUUGUAGUUCUUCGUCUUCUUACGAGAUUGAUUGGUACUCACAAGUUGACUGUUUUAGGUCUUUACUCGUACAUGAUGAAAUAUCUGACUCCCCAUCAGCGUGAAGUUACUCAGUUUCUAGCUUGCUUAGCUCAAGCUAGCCAUGAAUUUAUUCCUCCAGAUGUUUUAGAACCUUUGAUCCGAAAAAUCGCUGACGAAUUUGUCACUACAGGUGUCGCUAAUGAAGUUGUGUGCGCCGGUAUUAACGCCAUUCGAGAAGUUUGUGCACGUUGCCCAUUUGCUAUGACGGCAGAUCUAUUACAAGAUUUAACCGAAUAUAAGUCUAGCAAGGAUAAAGGUGUUAUGAUGGCUAGCCGUGGUCUCAUUACUUUGUAUCGUGAAGUUGCUCCUGACAUGUUGAAGAAAAAGGACCGAGGAAAGCUUGCAUCGAUGGAGUUGAAGGAUCGUGCUCCAAUCAAGUUUGGUGAAGAACUAAACGUUGUUCACGGUAUUGAAGGCUUAGAACUGCUUGAAAAAUAUAAAAAUGAAAAUGAAGAUGGUGGAAACGAGGACGACGAUAGCAAAUGGGAAAACUGGGAAGCUGUGGACAAUGAAAGUGAUUCAGGUGAAAGCGAAGGUUGGGUUAACCUAGGAAGUGAUGAUGAUAUCAAUAUUAGUGACAGUGAAGGGGAAAAUAAUAAUCAAAAAGAUACCGGAGGAACAUCGGAAGAUAAAGCUAAGCUUGAGGACAGCGAGCAUAAAAAUGAAGCUUCUAACUUGGCUGCUAGAUCAAUUUUGACUCCAGCUGAUUUAAAGAAGCUGGAAGAACUGCGUGAAAAAGCUAACGUUGACCGCUUGGUCCAUGGACCAAAACGUGUACAUGCUGGCGACGCCGUUGUUGAUGCAGGUGAUAUUGAAGGUCCAAAGAAAAGGAUGAAAGACGAUCGUGAAGGCCGUUUGGCACGUGUCAUGGAAGGUCGUGAAGGUCGCGAGAAGUUUGGAUCCAAGAGUAAUCAAUUUAAUCCUACGAGUCUUUCAAAUAAGAGAAAGCAAAAGAACAAAAACUUUAUGAUGAUUAAACAUAAAGUCAAAGGAAAGGCUGGAAGAAGCCUUAUGCAGAAGCGGAAAUCUUUGCGUGAUCAUAUCGAUCGCGAGAAAAAACGUAUAAAGUAAAGGAAGAUUAGUCUGAAAAGGUGUCAAUGAUUUAAGAUAUCUCUGGUGAGUUUUUUUGGUAAUUGUUUUAUAGAAAGGAAUCGGUUUAGGGAUUAGGACAAUUAAUAUUAUUGCAUUAUAAUACAGCAAUUGCAUAAAGCUUCUUUG